AUGGAUAGCGCCUCCAAGCCGGUGAUCACUAUGCACAACAAGUCAACUGCAGGGGUGGUCGAUUGCGUUAAUGUCGCUGGAGGCGACCGCAAGCCCAUCGCCGACGUUGACGAUGCCGAGAAACAUACUGAAGACUUGGGCUCCCCUCCAUUCGACUUGGUGUACAGCUCCAAGGAGAGUGCGCGGGUCCGAUGGAAGCUUGAUCUGAUCCUCCUUCCUUUGAUGGCAUUCACGUAUAUACUCAACUAUAUGGACAAGGUUGCCUUAUCCGAAGCCUCCAUAUUCGGCAUCAACAAAGACCUGCAUCUCGUUGGGCAGCAAUAUAGCUGGUCAUCCUCCAUCUUCUAUCUAGGAUAUCUGGUCUGGCAGUAUCCUAGCUCACUCUUGAUGCAAAAGCUUCCCAUCGGACGAUACUUUGGUGUCAUGAUAUUUCUCUGGGGCCUCACUGCAACCACAACGGCAUUCACGAAAGGAUUUGCGACGCUUUGUGUCAACCGUGUCUUCCUUGGGGUCUUCGAAUCAUGCAUGUCACCUAUUUUGACAAUUCUCAUUUCUCAAUACUGGGGCCGAGAAGAGCAAGCGCUUCGAACGUCCUUGUGGUGGUCGUCCAGUGCUGUCGGUGCCUUCAUCGCCGAUGCCAUCACCUACGGAGUUUCAGGAAAAGAACAUUCGGUUUCCAAAUACGCAAUCUGGCAGAUUAUUUAUCUCGUCUUUGGGCCAUUGACUCUAUUUUGGGGAGUCAUUAUCUUUUUUGCCGUGCCAUCGUCGCCUAUGUCAGCGUGGUUCCUCAACAAGAGGGAAAGAACGAUCGCCACAGCCAAAGCCAUGAAAAAUCACACCAGCAUCAAAAACACCGACUACAAAUGGUACCAGGCCCGAGAAUGCUUGAUUGAUCCCCAGCCGUGGAUAUUAGCCAUACAUGCCUUCCUUCAAUCCUUGCAGGGAGGAGGUCUAACAGCGUUCUCCAAAAUCGUUUUAACGGAGACUCUUGGCUACUCCAGCCGCCAGGCUACAUUAAUGAGCAUGCCAUCUAACGCCAUCCACUUUUUUUCGGUGGUCCUUGCUGGCUGCUUCUGUAGCUGUUUCAAGAAUACUAGGUGCUACGUCAUGAUCGCCACGAACAUUAUCGUCUUGAUUGGCGCGGUGUUGGUGGGCAACCUUCCGGAAUCUAACCACAGCAGUCGACUUGCGUCUUUCUACAUCAUCUAUGUCAACACGGUCCCAUUCGGCCUGGGCAUGAGCAUGCUUUCCUCGAAUGUUGCAGGCUUUACCAAAAAGUCCACCGCAAGUGUCAUGAUGUUUCUGGGGUAUUGCGUCGGUCAAUUUACCGGACCCCAGUUCUUCAUUAGCACCGAGGCCCCCCAGUUCCAGAGGGCUUUUAGAGCCUUUUAUUCCUCCGUAUCCGUGAUGAUUACCUUGGAGAUUGUACUGAUCAUCUAUGUCAAGUAUCAAAACCGUCGUCGGGACCGGCUUCAGGCAGGGGACAACCGCAGUGUGCAUACUGCCGAGGAUGAUUUGGACUUGACUGAUUGGCAGCAACCGUCGUUCAGAUGCAUCUACGACUCGUCACCGCUCGCUGUGUUUGAGUUUAUAGAUGAGACAGAGCAUGUCAAGACACAUCCAGGCCGUCGUAAAAAGAAGAGAAAGCCUUCGGAAGACGCAAAUAUGCAUCGGCAGCCAAGUCCUCGACAAUUGAGUCAGCAGACUGAGACAUGCUCCCAAGGACACGAGUCGGAACCAUUGGAAUCAACAUCACUUCCAAUCCGCGACACGGAGGGAUUGCCCUGGAUGGACGGCAUAUUCGACUCUUAUCUGGACCAGCAAUGGGACUUUACUCCAGACUUAGCCGUCAGUGCCAGUGACUUCCUCAACCAAAAUUGUGGCCUGUCUGCCAAUACAUUGGGUCAAGUAUCCGCUGGGUUCAACGUGCCAAACUCAGACCAUCAAAGCCCGAGCUCUGCCUCCCUCUCGGCGGUUUCCGAUCGCGUUCUGGCACAGCACUAUACCCAGAACCUAACAUCGAAAUACAGCUCAAAGGAGCGAGGUUGGAACAAUCACACCUACUUCUUCAAUCGCUUCAGUUCGAGUCAUCCAUUUGUGAUAUCAUCUCUGUACGCAUGGACGGCUGCCCACCUCCAUUGCUACGGAGCACUAGGUUCUGAAGUGAACGCUUUGGAGCAUUACGGCAAGAGUAUUGCGGGCCUCAGAGAUCAGCUCGGGAUCCACCUGUUGGCUGAGAACGUAACCGAAGAGGCUAGCCAGACCUGGUUCCAGCUUCUAGCCCAAGAUGAUGACCUGGAUGCUGUCUCCGUGACUCUAUACUUCCUGGCCUGGACUGACCUCCUACUUUCAAGACAGGCAUCUUUGAAGCAGAUGCUCAGCCUCGAAGCUUUACUGCUGGGAAUCCGGGACCAUAGUCAAUCGCAUUCACUCUACGUCAGAAUGGCUGUAUGGUUCUGCUUCCUCGAUGCACGCACUGCCCUCUUUUACCAGGGGAAUGAUCGCAUCAUUCAGUCCAUGGGGGAUGACUCGGGGCUGAUGGUAGCGUUGGAGCAGUCUCAUGACUUUCUACAGAGGGAAUACACCCUGCUGUACCCCAGGGAAGAACGGCAGCGGGACGAGGCUCACAGACCUCUGUACGUCGCUACGUGCCGCUUGGUCUGUCUGCUGGGAAAAGUAUCUAGGAGCCAUGGCGGCCCUCGAGACGAGAGUCUUGAAGUGAGUGUCCGCGAGUCAUUGUACGACAUUAGACUGGAUCUCGAGAGUUUCAGCGAGGCGAAAGCUGCGGAAAACAAAGUGCUCUCCAUCUAUCUGACCACAAACGCCCUCUUUCACGCGGUAGAGAUAUACGCGUCGAGAGUAUAUCAACCCAAUGAAUUAUUGUAUGCAAAGAGCAUCCAUGCGGAAAAGAUAAUCACCAUCACUCGCCACUUUUAUCGGAAACUGAAGCGGCCGAGAACGGAAGCGCCGCCGACCAAGAUAUGGCCGGUGCCACUGAUCAUGGCCGCGAUCGAGGCAAAAGACCCGAUUUACAGAGAGUGGACGCUACAACAGAUAAGGGAGUACUGCCGCGCGGGAAAACAUUUUGUGAACGCGUGCACCUUCGUCGAAAAGGUGCAUGCCGCCGAGGAGGCGACGGGCUGUCGUGCCAAUCUUCGCCGGAUUGCCCAAGACAUGGGCGAUGAUUUUGUCAUAUGA